AUGAAAAGGUCUUACCUCAUCGUGAUUAUUGUAGUGCUAAGCCUUUAUUUUACCAGAACAGCAGCAACCAAAACAAGAAAAUUUGAUAUUCCGUCUGACUCCAGAUGCCGGUGGGAUGGGGACCUUUUGAUGGAUUGUUCUUUUACUGGAAAAUCUGAUAUACCAAUGGCUAUACCACAAACAGUGACCACAGUGGAUUUAAGUUACAAUUCUAUUAGAGCUCUCUCAGUAUCUAACAUGGAAAACGAAGAGUGGACCAUAAAACACCUGAACCUAAGUAACAAUAGGAUAUCCGAGCUAACUUUCAGCUCUUUUAUGUGUUUUCCCUCUUUGGAAACGUUAAACUUGAGUGACAAUGGAAUUCACUCCCUUUCAUUCGAUCUACAGAACCGUAGCAGCUUACUGGGGAAAUGCCAAGGAAAUGGUUUCAGAAAUGUUUUUACGUCUCUCAAAGUUUUGUCAAUUCAAAGAAAUCAUCUUAAUGCUACUCCAGAGGGAUUGUGGAAACUGAAGUCUUUGCAAAAUCUGGAUCUGUCAUCCAAUGCCAUAUUACAGAUUGACGUGACUGAUUUUCAAAACUGUCUACAGCUAGAGAAGCUUUAUUUACAAAAUAACAAGAUAUCCAAGAUUCACCCAGAUGCCUUCAAGGAUCUCAACAAGCUUCAGAUUGUGAAUCUUAGCACCAAUGCCAUGGCCACUGUCCUACCAAUGAUGUUCAUUGCCUUAACUCUGCCACAUCUGGAUGCUGACCUAUCAAACAACCAAUGGCAAUGUGACUGUAACAUGUCUGUCUUUCAAAAUUUCAUUUCUGAAUCCUGGAGGAAAAAGUGGAAUAGCAUUUGCAGUGAGCCCAUCAGUGCACCUGAAGUAUCUUUCCACUCUCUGGAAUGGCUGCAUUUGAAGUGUAAAAUGCACAUAGAAGAUGUCAUUUCUUUUAAGCAAGUUACAGUCCCCCAUGGAGCAACAGCCCUGCUAGACUGUGACUUGGAUCAGCCUUGGGUUUUAGGGGAAAAUGAAACCUACUGGUGGACCCCCUACAACAGAAUUUCUGAGAAUAUUCAGAUUCCUCAUAUUAGUCUAAAUCAAAUGAAAAAAUUAGUGAUAAACAAAGCAGAGGAGUCCCUAGAAGGCUUGUAUGUUUGCUUUUCCACUUCUGGAAAGAAGAAACACAUCAUUUAUGAGAUCUCCAUGAAGCAAGAACAUUCCCCAAAACAAGUGAGAAAGGUCAGGGAAAUUCUUGCUUCCACCAGAGAAGGAGCAACAUCGCAGGACCUCACUUUGGCAAUUUGCUUGUCUGUGAUCAUUACUUUCCUUUGUGCUUUUGGCCUUGGUGCCUUCACAAGACCUUACAUGGAUCGUCUAUGGCAACACAGGUGCCAGGCCAAAAGUUCUGCUUCAGACAACGCAUAUUCUAAUGAAGGGUUCUACGAUGAUAUAGAGAUUACAGGAAACCCAAGAUCUGGGAGUCAGCACCAAGAUUCGUGUAGUAUGAGUAUCUAUGAAACUACAGAAUCUCCAGACCUAUACACAUCUGUCACCAGGGAUGAAACACCAAGAGCAAACAGAGUCAGGGUAAAGUAUGAGCAAAACAUGAGCAGAGCCGUCCCAGCAGAUAGGCAGAGAACUGAGAACAAUGCCUCUGAUAGCUCAGAAGACACAGACGCGGUCUAUGACGACGUCAUUUCAGUAAAGAGAGGGCAUCUCUACGGGAAAGACAUCCUCAGAGAACUAGAAAAGGACAAUUCUUUCCAUGAGGAUUCCAUGAGAGCCUCUUCUGGAGACAGACGCUCCCAAAAAGACUCAUUCCAAAGCCAUUCUUCUGAGUUAGACCCGACACUCACAGGGAAAAGGACAUCUCCCCUUCCUCAAAUGCCAGUGCACCCCAAAGCACGGAGCUUUGGGGAGAAUGGAGACAUAAAUGAAGCUACAUCCUUACCACCAGAAGUUACAGGAGUUCAGAAGGGGUUUCCUAGGGAAAUGCAACUGAGUUCUCACUUGCAUCCACCAACCACUCGACAACAAAUGCUCCAUGGGAGCAAUUCUGGACCUCAGUAUAGGGUGAAUGGGAAUAAAGCCAUUCUCAGUGAUGACCUAAUGCUUCCCGUUUGGAAAAAUGUCUUAGAUGCUGAUCAUCCUAACCAAAAUCCAACAGCAAGUUCCUCUUCUGAUCAGCAAAAGCAGGAGUUAAACACAAAAAGUAUCAACGAGGAAGACAUACUCACAGAUAACAGUUAUGACUCAGAUGAAGGGUCUUUGUUUACUUUAAGCUCCUCUGAUUUAGAGUAUGACUGGAAUGGUAUUCAAGAACAGUCACAUGGUGAGAGAGAUCAUGUAGCCACAUGGCUACCAAUGGAGGAGAAUUGCAUAAUUAAGAGUUCACCUGAUAGAAUGGACAGUAUCCGAUCAGAAAAUCCUGAGGACAAUGCUAGCAUUCAGAAGACUUUUCAGAAGUGUGAGAAUGAAAAGAAAGAACAUUUUGAAAACAUGAGUAAUUUGUCUGACCCAGAUUCAUCAAUUUAUCAGAUUAGCAGUUGCAGUAAAACUAGAACACAAGAAUCCCCACCCAAUUCACUGGCUAGCAGUCCUGUAAGUGUUGAAAUGCCUGGAAUGUUCAUAUAUGAUCAUGUUUUAGCCGCUAGUCCUGAACCACUGGAAUGGCAUCAUUCAUGGGAAAAACAAGAACAAGUCCACAUUGUGAAUUCUUCACCCCAACAAAUCCCAUUCAUGUAUCCUGAUGGAGUACCAUCAGAUAGUGAGAACAGUGAUUUUAAAGAUUAUACCCACCUAUAAAUGUAUAAAUAUCAUAACAACAUGCAGAUGUCAGACACUAUUAAAAAGGAAACUCUUCCUGAGAUCAACCCAGAGGAAAAAAUGAAAAGUUCACACCAGAGUUUUGAGUUUAGUGACAUGGAAUUAAACGUAAUUGACUCUAAAGUUGUGAAAAAAGAUCUGUUUCCCUCUUUGGACUCUGGUUCUAAAAGGAUUACAAACCAAGUACAGUCUCUUCAAUCUAAUGUCCCCAGUGAUGAGCGUUCUUUUCCGUCAGAAAGAGAUGAGGAACAUUUCAAAGCCUAUGCCAAGAAACAAGUACCAUUACUACAACAAAAGCUUACUACUAAAGAUAAGACCAGUUUACUAAGAAUACAAAAGGACUUUAGUGAUGAUCACUGGGGCCAAUAUUCAGAAGGAGAUAUAUCGGAAUUAGAUAAAAACCAUCCUAACUUUUGUACAAAUGAACCACAGAUCCAGAGUCUCACAGAUUCUUCAGUUGGUAGCACUUAUUCCUAUGAGGAGCAUCUCUAUGAUGAAGGAAAUAGUGUCCCACAGAUUGAUAAUAAAAGAGAAGAUGUAAAUUAA